ACAGAUGGCCUGAACUAGGAGUUUUCAGGUGAGGGUAAUGAUUUCAUCACUCCCACACUAUAGACGGAAAAGAGGCCAGCCCAGAACGGGAAGAGAGAAACUUUGCGGUGUUGGAACGACUCCACAGGAGUAUUAAAAUUUCAAUUAAGAGCUGAGGUUGUGAAGACGCUUUCGUAUGUGAAUGCGAGUUUUCUGUCUGUGUUUACCGCCAAGGUCCCCAGCCAACAAAAAGAAGGAGAAAGAACGGCCAGAGAUCUCCCUGCCUUCGGACUUCGAGCACACGAUUCAUGUCGGAUUUGAUGCGGUCACAGGCGAAUUCACAGGCAUGCCGGAGCAAUGGGCCCGCUUGCUCCAAACCUCCAACAUCACCAAGUCGGAGCAGAAGAAGAACCCUCAAGCGGUACUCGAUGUGCUAGAGUUCUACAAUUCGAAAAAGACCUCCAACAGUCAGAAGUAUAUGAGUUUCACAGAUAAAUCCGCAGAGGACUAUACCUCUUCGAACACACUGAAUGUGAAGACUGUAUCAGAAACGCCAGCAGUUCCCCCUGUUUCGGAAGAUGAAGACGACGAGGAUGACACCGCCCCUCCCCCAGUCAUCGCCCCAAGGCCCGAGCACACAAAAUCUAUCUACACCCGCUCUGUGAUUGAGCCCCUUCCCCCAACCAAAGACGUGGCCACUUCGCCUCUUCCUUCCCCUUCAGACAACAGCACGACGCCCCCUGACACGCUGACCAGGAACGCCGACAAGCAGAAGAAGAAACCCAAAAUGACAGACGAGGAGAUCUUGGAAAAGCUCAGAGGUAUAGUGAGCGUCGGUGACCCCAAGAAGAAAUACACAAGUUUUGAGAAGAUUGGACAAGGAGCUUCAGGCACGGUUUUUACAGCGAUGGACGUGGCUACAGGGCAGGAGGUUGCCAUCAAACAGAUGAACUUGCAGCAGCAGCCCAAGAAGGAGUUGAUAAUUAACGAAAUCCUUGUUAUGAGGGAAAACAAGAACCCCAACAUUGUCAACUAUCUGGACAGUUACCUCGUGGGGGACGAACUGUGGGUCGUCAUGGAGUAUUUGGCAGGCGGCUCUCUGACCGACGUGGUGACGGAGACCUGCAUGGAUGAAGGGCAGAUCGCAGCCGUGUGCCGAGAGUGUCUCCAGGCUUUGGAAUUCCUCCAUUCCAACCAAGUCAUCCACCGGGACAUCAAGAGCGACAACAUUUUGCUAGGAAUGGACGGCUCCGUCAAACUAACCGAUUUUGGCUUCUGCGCCCAGAUCACGCCCGAGCAGAGCAAACGCAGCACGAUGGUGGGGACACCAUAUUGGAUGGCUCCCGAGGUGGUCACGAGGAAAGCCUAUGGGCCCAAAGUGGACAUCUGGUCUCUGGGGAUAAUGGCUAUUGAAAUGAUAGAAGGGGAGCCCCCGUACCUCAACGAGAACCCCCUGAGGGCUCUAUAUCUCAUUGCUACCAACGGCACGCCAGAGCUGCAGAACCCAGAAAAGCUUGCGCCCAUCUUUAGAGACUUCCUUAACCGCUGCCUGGAGAUGGAUGUGGAGAAACGGGGUUCUGCUAAAGACUUGCUCCAGCACCAGUUCCUGAAAAUCGCCAAGCCACUGUCGAGCCUCACGCCCCUGAUCAUCGCUGCUAAAGAGGCCACAAAGAACAACCAUUGAAACGGACUCCGGAGCUGCUGGGAUCAUGCCAGGGCCGUCAAGUACCCUUUUCCAAAAGAGGCCUGUUUCAAAGAGCUUGUGACUUUUGCCGCGCUCAAAGACACCUAAUCCUGCAAGAAUGGGACGGCGCAAACGAUUCGCAUCGGGUCACAGAGCGGGCGGGUGAUUUAGCGUGAAACCUGCGCCCUAAGGACGAGAAAGAGACUCUUUGUGGGUUUCAAACGGGGCAUUACGAGAGCAUCUAAUCCUGAACGACGUGAUGACGAGGCACCGUUCCCCCCCCCUCCCCCUUUUAACACCGGGAUUUAAGAAAGGGGACAGAAAAUUACGCAGACUGGCUUUCCCCCCUAGAUUAAAUUACAUUUUGUUCCACCUGUGCUCCCCAUAUCUAGCACGAGGGGGAGCCCUGCUACUGAGAGACGCUGGCACAGUUUGGAUUUCUUGAAAGUGAGAACUGGCAAGGAUGCACCUGGCGCUCCUUAAAAUCCAGUGGGAGAUGCGCAGCGACCAGUUUACCUCUGCACGCAGUCCCCGUCCAGGUAUGCGCUCGCAUGCCAGAGAAGAUGCCAAAAUGGUUAGAAUGAGCCAUUCUGGCUUCCCACAAACCACCAGAGGCUGAUAUCCAGGGCUUUUUUGGUAGCAGGGACUCCUUUGCCUAUUAGGCCACACCUUCCUGAUGUAGCCAAUCCUCCUGGAGCUUACAGUAGGCCCCAUAAGAAGAGCCCUGUAAGCUCCUGGAGGAUUGGCUACAUCAAGGGGGUGUGGCCUUAUUUGCAAAGGAGGUCCCGCUGCAAAAAAAACCCCCCUGAUUACAUCCAUCGCCGUGCUGUGUUUGGAGGUGAAGUAAAUUCUCGCUCAGUUAGAUUCGUCUCACCGUUUCCUCUGCUCAACGGUCGUCUGUUCUUUCGGCGAAAGGAUCUCUUAGCAAUAAUUCUCAAGGAUGCGGAUUAGGUGGAUUUUCUUGGCCGCAAAAGGAGGACAAGUAGUUUAAGGGGUAACGCUCUGCUAGCUACCUUUCGUAUCCGAGGGUGCUUCCCCCCCCCCCUUUCUGGAGUUUUAACAUCUUACUCGUUCGCCUUUGUUUCGUUCUGUAUCCUGUAAGUCAGGAAUGGCUAGCCGGUGACCGUCAGUCAGAUCAGGCCCUGCCAAAUUUUAAUAAAAAUCUGGUUAAAAGCG